GAAGCGCUAACGUCUUCGCCUCGGCUCCACUCGGAAGCGCUCGAGCCCUUUCGGACCGGUGUGCCACAGGCAGGAACGAGCAGCGUCUCUCCGGAGUCAGACGAGCCGAGCCUCACUCACCGGAGCGGACUGCAGACGCACCUGGUCGGACCGGACCGAGCGGAGCGGAGAGGAGCACUUCACCGACCUCCACACAGGUGAGUUCCUACCCGGAUCCACGUCUCUACCGAAGCUUUCAUCAACUUUUACGCUUCUUCUGCACCCAAAAAAAAAAAGAAAAAGAAAAAGUGCUUAAAGCUCCCUGGUUAACCACUUGAGGAAUGCGGUGCCAUUAAUUCCCAUUAACUUUUCCAACAACUUUGAGAACAAAAACGCACAGGAAAUAAAUAAAUAAAUAAAUAACUUUAAAAAAAAAAAAAAACAUGGCAACAGGAGGAUUUAAGUCAAACAACACGACAGACUUUUUGGAGGAGUGGAAAGCGAGGCGGGAGAAAAUGAGGGCUAAAAUGCUGGGGGACAUUGUCGCGGUCACCGGUGCUCCCGUGGGUGCCGGCAACACGAACAGCGGCAGCGGCGGCAGCGGCGGCCGCCACGCCGCUCCGGCUGCUGGCACCGACUCCACCACCGGCGGCAACCCGGAGCGAAGCGCCUCCGCUGGGAACUGCCACCCAUCCUCCUCCUCUUCCUCUUCUCCUCCUCCUCCUUCUUCUUCUUCUUCUUCCUACCCAGUGGCUCGGUCUGCCUCUGGCACGGCUCUAAAGAGACCCGAGGAGGAAGCGCACCACCACCACCACCACCUCCACCACCAGCACCAGCAGCACCAACCCCUCCACCACCACCAGCAGCAGCAGCAGCAGCAGCAGCAGCACCAGCCCCCCUCCUACCAACCCCACAACCUCCCCGCUGCACCCUCGACCGCCCCGGUGAGCAACCUGAAGAAGGCCCCGCCUCAGACGGAGAAAGCUCCGUGCGCCUCCCCGGACUCCAGUCCCAUGGCUUGCAACGAUAGCGACAAGGAGAGUCCGUCGCCGGGCAAGGGCAAGGAGAAGAAGAGCUCCGGGCCCAGCGCCAGGAAGGGGAAAGGGCAGAUCGAGAAGAGGAAGCUGAGGGAAAAGAGGAGAUCAACAGGUGUCGUGAACAUACCGUCCAAUGAGAGCCUGGAUGAGCUGGACGAUGACGACACAGGGGAGAAGAACAGGCGGGAGGAAGAGGAGCUGGUUCAGGCCAACACUUUCCAGAACGAGUCCAUGACGGCGGAUCCUUCCACCGGCCACAUCAUGGAGACCCCAAAAUCUGGAAUCGGCCGCCAUAAAAGCUCUGCAGGACAGGGGUCUGAGGAGGAGGUCGGGGGAAACAGCAGACAGCGACACAACCGUCACGGCAGAGAUGGAGGAGCUGCACCUGGAGGUCUGGAGAAGAGGCUGGAGGAGCUGGAGAAGGAGCUGGCCAGAGAGCGUCAGGACAACGCCAGGCUGCUGAAGGCCCACCAGGACAAAGACGAUCUCAUUGGGAAGCUGAAGGAGGAGAUCGACUUGCUGAACAGAGACCUGGAUGAUAUUGAAGAUGAGAAUGAGCAACUCAAACAGGAGAACAAGACUCUGCUGAAGGUGGUGGGUCAGCUGACCAGGUAGAACCUCUCUGCGUGGCCCGGAGUCGACACAGCACAGCAGCCAGCCUCCCUCCUGAACCAAUGGAGCAUCUGUCCUCCCCCCCCCAACCUCCCGCUCUGCUGGGUCAAGCCCAGCGGCGCCGCCUUUUUAUCAGUUUGAUUCUGCGUCUUUGUCGAUUAGAGGUGAAACUGUAAAGUCCUCAGAGCCUUAACCUCCCCCCACCCCACCCGCCUCAUGAGGAUUCAAUCCGUUUGUUGUAAAAGCUGAGAGAUACAUAGGGUUACAUAUUUAAUGUAAAUGUAUUGUACAUAGGCCAAUCUUUUUUCUUUCUUUUUUUUUUUUUGGUUUCUGAUAAGGUGUUAAAGAAAAAAAGGCUAAAAAAAUCCAAUGAAUGUAUGUGCCGCAAAAACAACCGCGCACGCACAAAAGUCUUUUCAUUCCUGUUUAGAGGCUAUAAAGCGUUGGGUAAAAAAGAUCUGAGGUCGGUGCAGCGCUCCUGUCCAGGAACACCAAAUUCAACACAAUCAGUGCUACUACAGUGUCAGCAGCCAAAGUGGAGGCGGAGUGCAGCGCCAAUGUAUGUGGGAUUUUUUUUUUUUUUUUUUGUAUUUUAAAUAGUUGAAGCCUGGUGCUUUUGAUUAAUUAACAUUUUUUUUUCUUCCAAUUACUUUUUGGUACACUUUAAUCCCACCGGUGCAUCUUAAAAUCUGGAUAAAUAAAUGCUGAAAUAUAUCCAAUUUAAACGAUGAAGUUGAGGCUAGACUAUAUCACCUAUAUGCUUUCCGCGUUUCAUUGUUAACAUGUUGAGUAUUAUACCUGUCUAUUCUUUUCGCUCUCGUUUACACGUUGCGAUUCCUGAAAGCGUGUGUGUGUGUGUGUGUGUAUCAUAACCAAAUGAACCGAAGGAGCUCACUAUACGUUUGUUUACUCAAGGGAAGUGGCUUGUCUGGUAGCAGCGUUUUACUUUUCCUGUGCCGUUCGGCCGAAGCAAAUAAUCUUUUACUCGGCGCCUGCUUCCGUUCACAUGUUCACAUGCGAGCAUUAUUUUUAGGGCUUAAAGAUGGUCCCCUCACAGACAGACGUCACAGACCCAGCUCUCCUUCCCACUACAUUAUGCAUGUACAGAAGAUUAAGUCAUUUAAUAAAAGUUUGAUUAUCUCUCUCCUCA